GUUACUGGAUUCACAUCAGCUCAGUCAAUGUUUUGUUGAAUAAAUUAAAGAACCUGAGACACAUUACUUGGAAAUCUUUUUAGUUUUCGAUAAGACUUCGUGUCACAGACCUGCUUUGACCCCCAGCCAUGGUUUGCAUACCCUGCAUCGUCAUUCCUGUACUCCUCUGGGUAUACAAGAGGUUUCUGGAGCCAAUUAUUUAUCCCUUCAUCUCACCAAUCAUAAGCCAGUUCUGGACCAAAAAAGCAGUGCAGGAGAGUGGCACAGGGGACACAAAAACAAAUGAGAAGAGCAAUGGGACCUGCAAGGCUGAAUGCAAUGGGGUAGCCAAUGGUCCCACUUGUAAUGGAUCAGCAACUGUCUCUGACAAAAAGAUGGACUGAUGAGAAACUUGGCUUUAUCAUUCAUUUUAUUUCUUUUGGUUAACAUAGUUUAUUACUCUGAAUGCAUUUUAAACUGUUGUCUUCAAGUCUUAUUGUGUAGAUAAAGCCAGUAUGUAUGCACAUUCUUCAAGCCUGGAGUUUGCAUUGUAAUACCAGUCUGCUAUCUAUAAAUGUGUCAUCUGUGAUGUAAUUAAGAUUAUAAUAUAUUAUCUUUUUGAGUUUUUCCUUUAAUCAAGGUUGACAGUUUUUGACAUAUGUUUUAUAAUUUCUCUGCAUAGUUUUUAUUGUAUGUGGAUGGAAUAUGAUGGAGACAAAGAAUGAAAAUGAGCUCUUUUUAGUUGUUCCUCCCACCUCAACUAGUCACCUGACUGUAAUAUAAUAUUAAUGGUAUCCUAACUCUAAUAAACUGAAGGAAG